CCAAAGCCAAACUCAACUUUGCUGUCAUCAUAAUUAAAACCAAAAACAUUAAGAGCUCAGAGCUCGACAUUGCAACAACCGCCAUGGAACACCGCCACCAACAACCUCAGCCAUCGGAAUCAUCAGACUCAGGCGAGUCAAUUCAAAUAACAGACGCUGACUCAGUCCAGCUAAUUCAAAUAUCAGACGCAGACUCAGUCGAGCCAAUUCGAAUAUCAGACGUGGACUCAGUCAAACGAAUUGAAAUAACCGCCGCGGACUCAGUCGAGCGAAUUCAAAUAACAGACGCCGACUCAGUCGACGAUCAGCUACCGAGUCUUGACGAGUUAGAGAAAAUUCUGGGAUACAAAUUCAACGACAAAAAUUUAUUAGAAGAAGCUUUUACAGACUCAUCGUUUCCUCAUAAGAGCUUUUCUUAUGAACGAUUGGAGCACCUCGGUGACUCAGUUCUUAAUCUGCUGAUCACUAAAGAGCAUUAUAUUAAGUAUCCGGAUUCUCCACCCGGGGCUUUGACCCGACUCCGUGCUGCUAAUGUUGAUACUGAGAAACUCGCUCGGGUCGCCGUUAAACACGGGUUUCAUCGAUUUUUACGUCAUAAUAAACCUCUUCUUAGAGAACAAAUUAGAGAAUUUUCACAAGCAAUUUUAGACUAUCCAUUACAUUCCAAUGGACUAAUUGACGCCCCUAAGGUGCUAGCCGACAUUGUUGAAUCAACAAUUGGAGCUGUUUUCUUCGAUAGUAAUUCUUCAACUGAUAUCGUUUGGAAGGUGUUUGAGAAAUUUUUGGAACCGAUAAUUGAUCGAGAAACGCUAAAAGUCCAUCCGGUUACUGAAUUAUACGAAGUAUGCCAGAAGAGAAAUUUGAGAGUAAAAUUUGUAGAUUUAUGGAGAGAAAGUAUGGAAUUUAAUGUCUUGAUAGAAGAUCAGCUAGUGGGCAGGGGAACUUAUGGCCUCAAGAAAGAAAUUGCUCACAAUAGAGCAGCAAAGGAUGCUUUAGACAACCUUGCAACAAUAUUGGGUGACAAAAUGAAUUGUAUGUAGUAUUUUCAAGUUUGUCAAAUGUUCUAAAAUCAUUAAUAUGUUGUAAAUUACUGAAUGGAAGUUCAGCCCAUUUUAAUUCUACAAUUCUUAUAUGUUAUCAA